AUGGUUACAAAGAAAGAGAAAAAAGAUAAGAAAAACAAGCCACAGACACCAUACGAAAAGAUGAAAGCACAAGCCAUGUCAAGAGCUGAAAAGCUCCAGUCAUGUGUCCAAUCUUUGGAGUUUCAAGUUGGUUUAUUAGUUGUCUCUUUAACUUGGCUAGGAGUUCUCGUAUACUUUUUGUUUAAACUUAAAAGACUAACACAGAAUUUUGAAACAGAUAAGUUGCGUGACAAUCCUUUCGAGUUAAUUAAUUUCACAAUUGCUUCUAUCGCAAGUGAAUUACAAGCACCUAAUACAAGAGAUGACUUCGUAGAAAGAAUGACAAGCAGACUUGAUCGAAUAAUGACUAAUAGCUCUUUCGAUUUAAUUAUUACAAAUGUUUCAUUGCUCUAUAAUGUUGUAUCUGUUAUGAUUCAUGCAGCUGAACAGAGAUCACAGUAUUGCGACUACUCAGGUAAUCUAAAUCUCAUUAAUAACCUUCUUAAUACAUCAGCCAAUGUUUUGAACGUCAUUCAAAGAAAUUUACCGACCUGCAAUAUUAUCCCAAUUACCAAGAUCAUUACACAAUGCCCUGGUGAAGAAAGCGUUAUUAAUUCUUCAAAGAAACUUGUGAAAUCAUUUAUUUUGUCAUCAGACAAUAAAUGUCCUCCGAAAAUUGCCAAGGGCUUCAUCAAAUUACUCAACAAUACACAGAAUUAUAAAGAUAUUGAUCAAAUCUUGAGUUUCGUAAUUGAAGACUCAGAAUUGUUCGAAAAGUCGAGCAAAGAGAUUUGCGACCUUGCUGUAAAACACCAAGACACAGAAUACGCCUUUACACGUAAAACUAAAGAUCUUCUCUGCAAAGCUUAUUCCAAAUUCAAAUGUCCUUCAGAUGAAUACUUUGAUUCUUCCUGCCCACAAGAAUCAGAUGCUCCAGAAACAGAGCUUUAA